GGGGGCGGCGCGGGGGGCUCGGGGUCGGGUGAGGCCCGCGGGCGCUUCUCCUGCCCGCGGGCGCUGAAGGUGCCCUCCUACCUGAACUACCGCUUCCUGGGCGAGAAGGACUGUGGGGCGCCCUGCGAGCCCGGACGCCUCUAUGGGCUCAUGUACUUUGGGCCCGAGGAGCUGCGCUUCUCCCGCACCUGGAUCGGCAUCUGGUCCGUGCUCUGCUGCGCUUCCACGCUCUUCACCGUCCUCACCUACCUGGUGGACAUGAAGCGUUUCAGCUACCCUGAGCGGCCCAUCAUCUUCCUCUCGGGCUGCUACACGGCCGUGGCCGUGGCCUACAUCGCCGGCUUCCUGCUGGAGGAGAGGGUGGUCUGCAACGAGCGCUUCGCUGAGGACGGCUCGCGGACCGUGGCGCAGGGCACGAAGCGGGAGGGCUGCACCAUCCUCUUCAUGAUGCUCUACUUCUUUGGCAUGGCCAGCUCCAUUUGGUGGGUCAUCCUCUCCCUCACCUGGUUCCUGGCGGCCGGCAUGAAGUGGGGCCACGAGGCCAUCGAGGCCAACUCCCAGUACUUCCACCUGGCCGCUUGGGCUGUGCCGGCCAUCAAGACCAUCACCAUCCUGGCCCUGGGGCAGGUGGAUGGAGAUGUGCUCAGUGGUGUCUGCUUUGUGGGCAUCAACAAUGUGGACGCUCUGCGAGGCUUCGUGCUGGCCCCCCUGUUCGUCUACCUGUUCAUCGGCACCUCCUUCCUGCUGGCUGGCUUCGUGUCCCUCUUCAGGAUUCGGACCAUCAUGAAGCACGAUGGCACCAAGACGGAGAAGCUGGAGAAGCUCAUGGUGAGGAUAGGGAUCUUCAGCGUCCUCUACACGGUACCGGCCACCAUCGUCAUUGCCUGCUAUUUUUACGAGCAAGCUUUUAGGGAACAGUGGGAAAGGAGCUGGGUCACGCAGAGCUGUAAGAGCUAUGCCAUCCCCUGCCCAAAUAACCACAGCAGCCAUCACCCACCCAUGAGCCCUGACUUCACCGUCUUCAUGAUCAAGUAUCUCAUGACCUUAAUUGUGGGCAUCACCUCAGGCUUCUGGAUCUGGUCGGGGAAAACACUCAACUCCUGGCGGAAGUUCUACACCAGGCUCACCAACAGCAAGCAGGGUGAGACCACCGUGUGAGCCCGCGGCCGGGCUGGAAAACUGUGCAGACCGCUGGCGUUCCUGCAGAGGAAAAGUCAGGUGGGGAACUCUGUGCUUGGGACAGACUUGGGGGUUAUGUUCUCCCUCUCCUCUCUCUUGCUGUCUCCUGUAGGAACUGAACAUACCGUGAGGCUGGGGGAGAGAGAUGUAAAUAGCCUCUGUAAGAUUUUGUAAGUAUAUUUGUAUUUAAAUUGCAAAAACAAAAAAACAACUCACUUUUUUAAUUAUUUAGGACAUUUUUAACCCGUUUGCAGAUUUUACUUCCUUGCCACCACUUUUUUUUUUUUUUAAACUUUAAAGAAAAAGGCAUUGCGAUUUUAUUUCAUAGGGCAGGAUGGAAAAAACUUCUGACAAACUCUCCCUCUCCCCCACGCAGCUUUUGCAAUGGCUUUGCCUGGAGUUUCAGGAGCAGCAGAGCCUGGGCUGGGGCAGGUGCCCGGUGCCGGUGUGGAGCAGCUCUGGCCAACCUUGGCUAGAGCACCGCU